CUCUGAUGUCACUGUAUGCUGAAGGAGGGGUCUGGGAUCCGCUCGCCUAAUCCCAGUGUGUUGAUAAGAGCAACCGACGAAGAUGAAAGCAAACCGAAGAGCCCUCCUUUAUCGCCUGUAUUCAUAACAGGCUAUUCUGAAGCAUCUAAAGAAUGAUCAGUGAGUGGGCAGAGUCAUGAGCCAUAGGGAGGAGCCAGAUGAGGUGGGUCCCAGGGGUCCUCCCCCUCACCGCAGCAAGCAGCCUAAUGGGACUUCCCAUGAGGGAGGUCGAGCCAGAUGGAGGCCAUGUCAGCUCCACAAUCCGGAUGCAGAAAGCCAAGGCCACCAUCACCACCAUCAUCACUAUCAUCAACCAGCCAACCAGCAACAGUCUGGAUCUAGCCGAGCUCCACCGCGUCAUUGUAGGCGGCAUGUUCCCGGUCAAGCACAACGCAGGCGGACUGAGAGUGUAGAUACAGAAGCAAAAGCUGGCCAACAGCCCAAGCCGGAGGCGUCAAGACACCAUCGGAGCAGAUACAGACAGCAGCACAGAGAAGAAGAACAACAGGCAGUCAACUCUCCUCCAAAAGAUCAACCUUUAGAAACUGUGUCUCCGGAAGAUUCCUCGCAAGAACUGCUGACCCCUUCUCCUCAGGGUGAACCAAUCACUGAUAAACUGAAUGAAGACAGCCCAGAUGCACAAAUUGCUCACGAUCCAGAUAUAGAAGAACCAGAGUCUUCAAAGCAACUGUUGGAGGAGAAGGUGCAGUGUGAAAAAUCAAUGUUUGGCGAAGAGAAUAAGGAAGACCAGGAUUACCCCAAAGAAAUACCUGACCGAGAGGAGGAUUGCGGCACAACAAAGACUACAGCUUCAAAAAGUAACUUUCAUCCUGAAAGCAAAAGAAGCAGCCCACUAAGAGUAGAUGUUCCACCAUUCGCCACCAACAAACCUAUUUUUAAGUCUCAGCGAUCCUUCACUGAGUCACUUCGAAUGUACAAUGCUGAGCUGAUGUCUAACUCUACUCAUUUUAAGAUGGGUAACACUCACACAAACAAAGAAACAGAAAUUGAUAGUAGAUAUCAUGAUGAAGACCACCAAGAUGAUCUUCCAGACUCUAGUCCUGAGACCUGCACUGAUUCAUACUCACAAAUAAGCCCUGAUUCACAACUAGAGACUCCAACGGAAUAUCAGACAGAAUCUGAGGAGCCUCAAACCUUUGAGAGGACCCAGAGCACAUCCAUGGAGAAGUACGACAACCAGCAUGACCCAAAUGACGUUAUUCAGCCUUCUUCAGUGGGCUCUAGGUUGCACCACUAUGAUGAACAGUCAGGAGAUGAAGCUGAAAGCUCAGGGAGAGAUAGAGUACAGGUCACGAAUAGUUCAAGUUCGGUCAGUCUUUCACAGAAAGUUCUACCUCAACAGGAGCAAUCUGAAACUACCCUCUUAAGUCUUUCACCUGACCAACAACUAGAAGCAGCAGGAGGACCUGACAAAUCAUACACUUCAACACAGCAACAAUCAACAGAGUCUUGCAGGGUUGCAGGAGACGCUGUGUCUUUGGCCAUUAAGGACAUUAAGGAGGCCAUCGAGGAGGUGAAAACCAAGGCUGUGCGUUCACCCUACACACCCGACAAGCCUACCGAGCCCGUGUGGGUGAUGAGACAGGAUCUGAGCCCCGUCGAUGAGUUUCAACCUCCUUUUCAGUCAUAUCCAGAGUCCCCAUCACAGCACUCAGAAUCUUCUCCACAGAAAACGGCUCCAGUUCAAGAUGUUGUUCUUCCUGUGGGAGCAGAAUCCUCCAGUGUUCAUCAUCAUGACCCGGACACAAACACGAUUCCCAACAUGCCAAGUGAAGAGCUGAGGAGAAAUUUGGCCUCUUUCCCUGCAUAUGUUGAUGUUCCUGGCCCAUGUGACCCUGAGGAUUUGAUUGAUGGCAUCAUUUUUGCUGCAAACUACCUUGGUUCCACCCAGAUGCUGUCAGAACGAACACCCACAAAGAGCGCACGCAUGCAGCAAGCCCAGGAGGCUAUGACCCGCGUCCGGACAGCCCAGAAACAGGCCAAAAUUCGAAAAAAGCAGGAUACAGAGAGCGGGGCGGCAUCAGAAGUGGAUCUGUUUAUAUCUACGCAGAGGAUCAAAGUGCUUAGUGCUUACUCACAGCAGGACACCAUGAUGGACCAUCCGCUGAGGACCAUCUCCUACAUAGCUGACAUUGGCAACAUGAUUGUGCUGAUGGCACGCAAAAAGAUGAUUCGCUCUCAGAGCGCUCAGGAGAACCUGGACAGCGUCGAGACCCAACACGAAAACCCGGCGCAAGACAGCCAGCGGCAGUACAAGAUGAUCUGCCAUGUUUUUGAAUCAGAAGACGCUCAACUGAUCGCUCAGUCCAUUGGUCAGGCCUUCAGCGUUGCUUAUCAGGAGUUCCUGAGAGCCAAUGGGAUUGACCCUGAGGACCUGAGCCAGAGAGAGUACAGUGAUCUGCUCAACACUCAGGACAUGUACAACGAUGACCUCAUUCACUUCUCCAAAUCAGAAAACUGCAAAGAUGUGUACAUAGAAAAACAGAAAGGAGAGAUUUUGGGCGUGGUUAUCGUGGAGUCCGGUUGGGGUUCGAUUCUUCCCACUGUUAUCAUCGCUAGCCUGAUGCACGCUGGACCUGCCGCCAAGUCUGGAAGACUCAACAUCGGUGAUCAGAUCAUGACUGUUAAUGGCACCAGUCUGGUUGGACUUCCCCUAUCCACAUGUCAGAGCAUCAUUAAAGGACUAAAAGCUCAAUCCAGAAUCAAGAUGAACAUCGUCAGGUGUCCUCCUGUCACCAUGGUCCUCAUUCGCAGGCCAGAUCUGCGCUAUCAACUGGGCUUCAGUGUACAGAAUGGCAUUAUUUGUAGUCUCAUGCGAGGGGGGAUCGCAGAAAGGGGAGGGGUUCGUGUUGGGCACCGCAUCAUCGAGAUCAACGGUCAGAGCGUAGUGGCCACACCCCAUGAGAAGAUUGUACAUAUUCUGUCAAAUGCGGUGGGAGAGAUCCAUAUGAAGACGAUGCCUGCAGCUAUGUAUCGACUGCUCACUGCCCAGGAACAACCCGUCUACAUCUAAAUCUCUGCAGGGCUUCAAAAAAUCAUCAUUACAUAUGCUGAUUCAUAUUUAUUUAAAUAUUAAUAUAAGAGUUUACAUAUUUAUUUAACUGGAUGUAUUUAUUAUUCCAUUAGCGUAGAAACCAAACCAUUCCUCGAUCAUUUGACUUGCCUUAAUCUCUUUGAGUCUGAACUGGUAUUUAAAAGCUUACUAUCAAUCCACUGGCAUUAGUUAAAUGUGUUCAACCAAGUACCAAAGAUAAAUGAAUGAUAACCCAUCACGUGCCCAUCACACUACUGGACCAGAGAGCUGAAUGACAGCGAGCACAGUGAGAGUAAUGUUUGUUAUAAAUGUCUGUAUUUUGUGUUGCUACUGUAUGAAUUGUUGCUGACACAGAUAUGAGCUGUAAGAUUGCCAUCAAUAAACUAAAUGUAAGGAUGUUUUAA